AAUAAAGUGGAGAUGGCAGGUGUGAAAAUAAACAACUGGCAUAGCUACGUAGUAGUAGAUAGCCUGCCUCUACACGAUCUUAUCGGUUGUCACGCAAUCCGCCCGUCUAUGGUGGAAUCCCCAUCCCCCCGGUCAUCGGAGCACCACAACAAGAUAACCACCAUUGUGUGCGGGGAAACAACGAAUAAUAUCCUCUGGAUGUACAGUUACGCCAUGCCGACGACCGAUGGCGGGAUAGUGAGGGGUUAUACAAUCAGCUAUAUCAAUACCCGCUAGCAGUGGGCUGCAAUGGACCACAACGCAGCGUCAAACAGACACAAUGGGCGACUUUUACACCGACAAUGGCCAAUCGGGCAAGAAGCAAAUUCUGCUGAAUGCCUUUGACAUGUCCACUGUGGGCCACCUAUCGCCUGGACAAUGGAAGAACCCCGCCGAUAAAUCUGCUACCAAGCGGAAGCUGGAUUAUUGGAUUGAUUUAGCGAAGCUGCUUGAGCGCGGGGGUAUCAAUGCGCUGUUCCUGGCUGAUACGUAUGGUGGAUAUGAUACGUAUGAAGGGAAGCUGGAUGAGUGUAUCCGACGGGCUGCGCAGUGGCCGGUUACUGAUCCGACUAUUCCCAUCUCGGCCAUGGCUGCAGUGACCAAGAACCUGGCCUUUGGGAUCACAUCGUCGACCUCUUUCGAGCCGCCGUUUCUCCUGGCGAAGCGAUUUUCUACUCUGGAUCAUUUGACGAACGGACGAAUCGGGUGGAAUAUUGUGACGUCGUGGAAGAAAGCCGCUUUCAAGGCCAUUGGACUUGAUAGUCCGAUCGAACACGAUGAGCGAUACCGUCAGGCGGAUGAGUAUCUGCGCGUCUUGUACAAACUCUGGGAAGCAUCCUGGGCACCUGACGCACUCUCACCAAACCCGGAAACCGACAGCUACGUCGACCCCGACAAGGUGCGCCAGAUCAACCACAAGGGCAAGUAUUUCUCCCUGAACACGCGACACAUUGUGGACCCGUCGCCGCAGCGCACGCCGUUUCUUUUCCAGGCGGGCACAUCGGCCGCCGGGUCAGCCUUUGCCGCGACGCACGCGGAAGCCAUCUUCGUGUCGAGUCAUUCGCCCGCGGUGCUGCGGCCCAAAGUGGCCAAUAUCCGGCGGCUGGCGGCGGAGCAAGGACGGGAUCCUGCGUCGAUCAAGUUCUUUGCGACGUUCACGCCCAUUAUCGGGAAGACGGAUGAGGAGGCCCGGGCUAAGUAUGAAGAGGUGAAGAAGUAUGCGUCGGUGGUGGGUGGACUUGUGCUGUUCAGCGGGUGGACGGGAAUCGAUAUCUCGCAGAUCCCGCUGGAUCAGGAUAUCACGGCAGCGGAUUCGCUCGAGGCACACAAGGUGACGAGCAUGCUGGACGCGUUCACGACGACCAGCGAGGAUGUACCGCGGUGGACACCGCGGGUGGUUGCAGAGAAGGCGGCGAUUGGCGGAUUGGGACCCGUGGCGAUUGGUAGUCCACAGACGGUGGCGGAUGAAAUGGAGCGCUGGAUCCGUGACGCGGACCUGGAUGGGUUUAAUCUGGGCUAUGUCACGACCCCUGGCACGUUUGAGGAGGUGGUCGAUCUGUUGAUUCCAGAACUGCGCCGGCGCGGGUUGUAUCCGGAAAAUGUCGAGGAGGGGUUGACGGCGCGCGAGAAGGUGUUUGGUAAGGGUCAGCGAGAGUUGCGGGCAGAUCACCCGGGCAGUCGAUACAAGUAUGAUGUGUACCAGGAGGAUGAUGUCGUGGAGGAGGAGUGA